AUGUUUGCCCUACGAGACGCAAUCUACCUGAUCGAACUGGCAUUCUAUGUCGCUAUUGUCCCAGCUAUCUUUUUUAUUAUUCUAAUCCAUGGCAACAAGCAACCCUACACUUGGCGUCCCAUCUUGGUUCCCCUCAUCAUUCUUUCUGGCUUGCGAAUCGCUGGAGCAGGCCUCGGCCUAGCCGUAAUGGACCCCGCAAAAUCCGAUCUUUUACCAAUAGCCACUCUCCUAGACACAAUUGGCCUUGCACCAGUCUUGUGUCUCUUGAUAGGACUUUUAAUUCGAGCCAAUGCCCCUGUAUACAAAGGCCUCACUAUCUGGGUUUUCCUCCCGCUACAUAUGACUAUCAUAGUAGCUACAGUGAUGACGGCAUAUGGCGGCCGAGACCUCUACACAAGCCACGAUAAUCAAGCCCGAGACCUCCGUUUGAUGCGCGGUGGCAUCUUCCUCUUCAUCGCUAUCUUUGCCGGGAUCAUUCUCCUCUCCGUGAUGACUAUGCCUAGAGUUCAAGUAAAGGCCUACCGCACUGAACGUGCGGCUGUUGUAUGUGCUUUGCUCUGUGUGCCCUUUAUGGGUGUCCGCUUGUCAUUCUCGGCUGGAUCAUUGUUUUCAGGGGAGCGGUCCGUGUUGAACCCGAUGUCGGAGGAUGAGACGAGUAUCUGGCUCCAUUUUCUUAUGGUCAUUGUUAUGGAGUAUAUAGUUACCCUAUCUGCCACGGCUGUUUCUCUCACUGCGAGGAGGGUGAUGGUUCUCACAGCUGAAAGGGGCAAUCCUGUAAACGAUGAGGCUAGUUGA